GAGACGCCACUUCGAUGACAGGGCUGCCAUGUGUCUUACGCAGUGAGGCUGACACCAGACAGACUAUUUAGAGCCCUACGUGACACACCUGCGGCUUUUCCUGACUUCUCCCCGGUUGCUCUUACCCGGCUUUGUGCCGCCGUGCGCGACCCGGGUCUCGGGCUGAGCGGAGCCAAACUCCGAGGCAGCAAUGAUGAGUCGACCUGCCGUUGACACACGGAUAGGUGGACGGACGUGAGUUCGUGCUUUAUAUGGAUGAGCCCACCGGAGAUGUCAAGAAGGCUGAAGGGCAGAGAGGAGGAACAGACGUGAAGGGAAGAAGUUUACGGGGGUCAAGUAACGGGGGCCGGGAUCAGCCACCCUUCACCGGUACGGAUAUCUGAUGAUAAAACCAGUCUCUCGUUUCAGCUGAAGUUUAUUUCGACACAGCUUGUUCUUGUGUAGAUUUUCCAGCCUGACUUCACCGUGGCGAUGCUGACGAGGACCUGCUCAAAACACGCAUCACUUUACUUGGACAAGACAAAACUGUCCCACUGUCCCCGGUUGUUGCGGUUCAUUUUCUGACCGUUGGUCACAAAACCAAGAAACAAGCCAUCGCUGCAUCUCCUCCGCCCGGUAGAAAUGCCACCCGGUAUCAGCAGAUUACACGCGGGUCUGCACAUCAGAGUCUGGAGGAAACGAUGCUGAUCUUCUUCCAUCCCUCGUUUUCCGGCAGGGAAGCAGAGCGAAAGUAGCUCCACCCGCUCGGGCGGAGCCAGGCCGACGAACGAAGCGCUCCUCAGACGGCCCUCCUCCCUCAGUCAGCAGGUUCAUCUCGUCUCAGUCCGUCAGAUCCGCGUUUUCACGUCCGUUUCAUCACAUCUCCUUCUCGUUUUCUGCGUCCGGAUAAACCUGCCGCCCUCCCCGCUGAAAAACCCGCUCCCGGAGGCGGCGGCGGCGGAGGAUGAUGAUGAUGAUGAUGAUGGAGGACCGGAGCCCGUGUGCCCGCCGGCCGGGGAUGAUUUAAUCCACCGACGGCCAAUAAACGGCCGUGAGAUUCCCGUAAUAUCCCCGUCACACCGCCGCAGGGUGCCGCAGGGUGUCCGCGGCGUCCACGACCUCCUGUGUCAUCACAACGUUCAGUUCCUUCUAGUUUCCCGUCCCCCUUCAGGGUACCGGGGCUCGUCGUCCCGCAUGGCUUCCGUGGCCGCAGGGUUCCUGGGUUCAGCAGCCUGCUGCUCGCACUCCAAACUCUCCAGAACCGGCAGCCUGAAGCUGGGACGAGGCCGUUCGCCGCUGUCCAUGCCGUCCGGCCGGAGAUGUUCGGGGGUGUUUGGACUCGGGGGCGGGGCCGUGUCUCCGGGGCCCGUGGCGGCGGAGGUGGUGGAGCCCCGCGGCGGGACGGGGGCCGGCGAGGCCAGCAGGGAGCUUUUUGAGGCCUGCCGAUGCGGAGACCUGGAACGAGUCCGUAAACUGGUGAUGGCAGACAACGUGAACAGUCGGGACACAGCAGGGAGGAAGUCCACACCGCUGCACUUUGCUGCAGGUUUUGGUCGUAAAGACGUGGUGGACUUCCUCCUCCAGAACGGGGCCAACGUCCACGCCAGGGACGACGGAGGGCUGAUAUCCCUCCACAACGCCUGCUCCUUCGGCCACGCUGAGGUGGUGCGUUUGUUGCUUCACCAUGGGGCGGACGCGAAUGCCAGAGACAACUGGAACUACACUCCACUUCAUGAGGCAGCCAUCAAGGGCAAGAUCGACGUGUGUAUAGUGUUGCUGCAGCACGGUGCCGAGCCGACCAUCAGGAACACCGACGGUCGAACUGCUCUGGAUCUGGCAGAACUGUCCGCCAAAGCAGUGCUGACAGGUGAAUACAGAAAAGAUGAGCUUCUGGAAAGUGCAAGGAGCGGGAACGAGGAGAAGCUGAUGGCUCUGCUGACGCCGCUCAACGUCAACUGCCACGCCAGUGAUGGACGAAAGUCGACACCGUUACACCUAGCGGCGGGCUACAACCGGGUCAAGACCGUCCGGCUGUUACUGCAGCACGGCGCUGAUGUGCACGCCAAGGACAAGGGGAACCUGGUUCCUCUUCACAAUGCCUGUUCAUAUGGUCACUAUGAAGUCACCGAGCUGCUGGUGAAGCACGGGGCCUGUGUUAAUGCCAUGGACCUGUGGCAGUUCACUCCUCUUCAUGAAGCCGCCUCCAAGAACCGUGUUGAGGUGUGCUCUCUCCUGCUGAGCUACGGCGCCGACCCCACCUUCCUGAACUGUCACAAUAAAAGCGCCAUCGACCUCGCACCCACCUCGCCGCUGAAAGAGCAGCUCGCCCAUGAGUUCAGAGGUCAAAGCCUGCUGCAGGCGGCCAGGGAGGCCGACGUGGUGCGGGUCAAGAAACAUCUGAGCCUGGAGACCGUCGCCUUCAAACACCCGCACUCUCAGGAGACGGCACUGCAUUGCGCGUCUGCCUCUCCAUACACGAAGAGGAAACAAGUGUGUGAACUUCUGCUCAGGAGAGGGGCCAACGUCAAUGAGAAGACUAAGGACCUGUUGACUCCUCUCCACCUGGCGUCCGAGAAAGCCAACAACGAUGUCAUCGAGGUGUUGGUCAAGCAUGAAGCCAAGGUGAAUGCAGUGGAUCACCUCGGUCAGACGGCGCUGCAUCGAGCCGCUCGCUGCGGACACCUGCAGACCUGCAGACUGCUGCUGAACGCCGGCGGCGACCCGCUGCUCACGUCGCUGCAGGGAUUCUCCCCUUCGCAGCUGGGCAACAAGAGCGUGCAGGAGAUACUGCAAGAAGGAGUUCUCAUCGGAAACUCUGAAGUCGACCGACAGCUGCUGGAAGCCUCCAAAACAGGGGAUCUGGAAACCGUCAAGAAGCUCUGUACGGUGCAGAACGUGAACUGCAGGGACGUGGAGGGCCGACAGUCAACGCCGCUGCACUUCGCCGCCGGCUACAACCGUCUGGCCGUCGUCCACUUCCUGCUGCAGCACGGAGCCGACGUACACGCCAAGGAUAAAGGAGGUCUGGUCCCCCUCCACAACGCCUGCUCCUACGGUCACUACGAGGUCGCAGAGCUGCUGGUCCUCCACGGAGCUGUGGUAAACGUGGCCGACCUCUGGAAGUUCACGCCGCUGCACGAAGCUGCUGCCAAGGGCAAAUACGACAUCUGCAAACUCCUGCUGCAGCACGGCGCUGACCCAACCCGGAAGAACCGGGACGGUAACAGCCCUCUGGAUCUGGUAAAGGACGCCGACACGGACAUCCAGGACCUGCUGCGGGGCGACGCCGCCCUGCUGGACGCCGCCAAGAAAGGCUGCCUGGCCCGAGUGAAAAAACUCUGCACGCACGACAACGUCAACUGUAGGGACACGCAGGGGAGACACUCCACGCCGCUACACCUGGCUGCAGGCUACAACAACCUGGAGGUGGCGGAGUACCUGCUGCAGCAUGGGGCUGAGGUCAACUCUCAGGAUAAAGGAGGACUGAUUCCUCUGCACAACGCUGCCUCCUAUGGGCACGUGGACGUGGCGGCUCUGCUGAUCAAGUACGACGCCUGCGUCAAUGCCACAGACAAGUGGGCGUUCACUCCGCUGCACGAGGCCGCUCAGAAGGGCCGGACGCAGCUCUGUGCUCUCCUGUUGGCUCACGGUGCCGACCCCACCCUCCGAAACCAGGAGGGACAGUCACCUCUGGACCUGGUCACGGCGGACGACGUUCGGGCCUUGCUAGCAGCAGCGAUGCCUCCCUCUGCUCUCCCUGGUUGCUACAAACCUCAGGUCAUCAGCGUGGCGGCGCCGGCCUCUGGUUCUCCACCCCUUGCUGUCGUCCCACCGCUUCUCUCCUCCUCCUCCUCGUCCUCAUCCUCCUGCCCGGCCCCAUCUCUCCUCAUCCUCCCCACUUCCUCCUCUUCUGGUCUUGACGCCACAACAGCAGCUGCCACCGCUGCUUCUGCCGCUUCAAACUCCUCAUCUUCACCGCCACCAGCAUCUUCGUCGUCCUCUGCGAAUCCUGAGACGUCGGCGCUGCUCUCAGCGGGCGAGGGAUCAAGAGGCGCUGAGAGGAAAGAGGAAGGGGUCGAGCUCAGUAUCUGUCAGUUCUUGAAGAACCUGGGACUGGAGCACCUUCUGGAGAUCUUCGACAGAGAGCAGAUCACUCUGGAUGUGCUGGUGGAGAUGGGUCACCGCGAGCUGAAGGAGAUCGGCAUCAACGCCUACGGACACAGACACAAGAUCAUCAAAGGGGUGGAGAGGCUCAUCAGCGGGCCACAGAGUCUGAACCCUUAUCUCACACUGAACACAGCCAACAGUGGGACGAUGUUGAUCGACCUGGCAGCUGAUGACAAGGAGUUCCAGUCAGUAGAGGAGGAGAUGCAGAGUACGAUCAGAGAGCACCGGGACGGCGGCCACGCUGGAGGGGUCUUCAACAGAUACAACCUGGUCAAGAUCCAGAAGGUCUGCAACAAGAAGCUGUGGGAGAGGUACACCCACCGCAGGAAGGAGGUGUCGGAAGAGAACCACAACCACUCCAACGAACGCAUGCUCUUCCACGGCUCUCCGUUCGUCAACGCCAUCAUUCAUAAAGGUUUUGACGAGCGCCACGCCUACAUUGGCGGGAUGUUCGGCGCUGGGAUUUACUUCGCCGAGAACUCGUCGAAGAGUAACCAGUACGUCCACGGGAUCGGGGGAGGGACGGGCUGCCCGCUGCACAAAGACCGCUCCUGCUACGUCUGCCACAGGCACCUGUUGUUCUGCAGGGUGACUCUGGGUAAAUCCUUCCUGCAGUUCAGCGCCAUGAAGAUGGCUCACUCGCCGCCGGGACACCACUCGGUGACCGGCCGGCCCAGCGUGAACGGCCUGGCUCUGGCCGAGUACGUCAUCUACAGAGGAGAGCAGGCCUACCCCGAGUACCUGAUCACCUACCAGAUCAUGAAGCCUGAGUCCCCUGCCGACGGAUGAAAACCCAGCGGACGAUCAGCUGAGGAGAGUUUGAGGAAAUGCAGAAGACGGGAGCUCAUCGUUCCCCCUGCUGAGCCUUUGCUUUAUUAACUGCAUGCACAAAGAAAAACUUUAUUUAUACAAUGUAUAAACCGUAGGUUUUUAUCAGAUGCCUGUUUUUUCUAUGGUUUGCUUUAUGCACUUUAUUAACCAUGGGUUGUGUCAUGAUGUGAUGUGAUGUGACUGUUGAUUUUGUCCUUUCCUCACUAAAAGCGUGUCGUCCGGUGACUUCAGGGUACAUACAGCGCGGUCAGAGAGGAGGCGUCAGUUUCAUCACAUCGGUGUCGCGGUUCGGAAGUUGUCCACAAAAAAGGGCGAGUUGAAGGUGACACGCACCUGGUUUUUAUGUGGAGCACUGUGCAUUUAUACUUCCAAAUUAUUCGAUAAACUCAAGGCAGAAUUUUCUCCAACUGCCCAGGAGCCGCAGUCCUCCGUGAUCACGCUCCUGGUUUACUCCACACUAUUUGAUUCAUUGCAAAUUUGUUAGAAACUGUGGACUACGAUGGGUCCUCCAUCCUCUCAUCCCCCAUAGCCUGGUCUCGCAGAGGGACCCUGUGUCAAAAUCUAGUUUUAAGACCCGAAUUGUCUUAGUUUACAUUGUGUUUGUUAGUUGUAAAAUUGUGUUUUAUUAAAUUGCUUCCCUUUUUUUUUCUGUGUCAAGUAAUUAACACGCAAAAAUCCUCAGGUGAGGUCGUACUCUUCCAUCAUUGAACUGUGAGGCUGCAACCGACUCUUUUAUCAACCCGGUAUUUUUAUUAUCAAUGCGUCUGACAGGUAUUUUCUUUAGUGAGCGACUGAUUGUUACAUGAACAAAACGGUGAAAAACGCUGCGUUCUCAAUCCAUUUCUAAACUGCAGCGACGUUGCGUCGCUCAGCUGGACACGAGGCGUCUUUGAAAUACGUGGUUUUGACGGUGAGCGUUGGCGCCGGCGGUCCGGCGGGAGACACAGCCAUGUGUUGAAAGUGACCCUUCCUCUCUGAAGAGCCAGCGGCUGCUCGGUCUUUCCUGACCAACAUUUCCAAAAACGGUUCUGUGUGUUGCCUGGCAACGUCCUAACGAGGUGAAGUGCUCAUUUGAUUUUAUGAAGAUGUUGUGUAUACUUAUUUUUUGUACAAGCAUGUAAGCUCAUCGACAUUUACAAUGUGAAAAAAUGCUGUAUCUCUGUUUUGAGGCUGUCGGAAGAAGCCCGGACCGGUUCAGUUCCUGUUUUCUGUAGUACUGUGAUGAUGAUCAGUCCAUGCUGCACCCAGACUGACCCAGUCCGGUUCCAGACCACGUCCACACCACUGUGUCGCAGCAAUCGGUAUCAAUCAAUAGUCAAUAUUUCAGAUCUUCGGCCGCUCAGCUCAUUUUCAGGUUUGAGCUACAGGUCGUCAGCGUUAAUUAGGCUUCGUUAGUGUUAAUGUGGAUUCAUUUAGUAGCUGCCAGGAUUUCUGGCUUCUGGUCCAACAGCAGCUGAUCACCGGUCUGAACUGGAUCUUUACUUACAACAUUUGUUACUGACAAACGAUGAAAGAUGACCUUAAUAAGACCUUCGCGUCCGCCAUGGGAUCAUUCCUUAUCGCUGUUCCCUGAGACAUGGCCGGCGGUCCGGGGGUCUGGAACCGGGCUAACUCAAUCCUGGGCCAAUCUGGGACGAAAAGGGACGUCGUGUAGCGUCGCUUUUUCAGAAGAAUGUGUUUGCUCCGAAACAAUCACACGGUUCACAGCUCCGUCACAGUCUGGGAUCUCACGUACUCUUAAACACGAGAGAUGCUGAACGACUCUCAAAUUAAUCAGGGUAUUCUUUUUGUGCAUGUCUCUACAGCCAGUCCGCUAAGUCCAGUGUGGAUGCAGCUUGGUGUCUGUACAGUGUCAAACCUGGAAAUCAAAGAGGAAAUCCAGCCUUGAAUAGGACUGUAACCCCCCCAAGAGGAGGAAAAACAAAAAUGAGUGUCGUGUAUGUAAAUUUACUUUACUGACUGUUCUGCUGUUGUGAGUUCUUCUCCCGUCGUCUGUGGUGUGAAGUUAAUGGGCACCAAUGCGGCCGUUUGGUGCCCUAAUGCAUGGUGCCGCGGCGCUGUCUGACUGUCUGGUCCUCGUUUUGCCGGUUUCAGUGCCGACUGGGAGCAAACCAGCAGCUGAAUGUGAAGAGUUCGCUCCUGAAACGGGACAGUGAACAUCAUCUCACCGACCCUACAAACCGAUUGACAGGAAAAGACGUGGUGCUAUUUCAAGGAUUUGAGGUCUAAACUCUUAAUAUUUACAACCUUGAUCCGCUACACGAUCAAUGGAAAAAAAUAAAACUACAUCAGGAUUCGCGGCAUUUUGCAAACGCACUCCUCGCACGCCGUUGCACACGUUGGAAAAAGUCCCUCAUCCAGGUGCAUCGGGUGUUUCGUGACAGCAGGGUGCGAAGAGGGAAUGCAACCUUUUCCAUCUCGUGAAAAAUGUUAAAUGGCUUUCUAAAAGUAGUCGAGAAACAAAGUGUAGGAAAUUUGAAACUCUACCCGCAUACGUAACCCCGUGUUAAAUAUAUACAAAAAGCAGUUGGUGGCUUCUGCUGCCGUGGCGCGGUAUUUGAUGUUGAAGCAGGUGGUUUGUCAGUCGAAGCGAACGCGCCUCGGUCGGUUCAGGUGUGUGAAACGGUCCUCGGCUGUGCGGUCACUGCACUCCCUGCUCUGGCUCUCUCCGGGGUCUGGUCUUCCCUCGGCGGCAUCGGGAUGUUUGUGGCGAGGCUGGGCUCUUCCUCCUGUACGGUGACAGACGCACUGAGAGAAA